AAACCCUAUUCCAGUUCUGACUCGCCCCAUCAGCCGCACUACUACAGUUCACGAAUCCCCUUUGUCAAAAACAAAUUCCCCGUCUCCCCGACCCUCGACCGGCGACUGCACACCGCCCGCCGGCCGGCCUAGACGUCCUCCGCUCCAUCCUCCUCGUAGAUCCCGUCGGUGGCCGGCGUCCACCCCGUCCCCAUCCACUUCAGGCGCGCAUCUGCAUCCCGUUCGCCUCGCUCGCAUCCUCUUCGUCCGCAUCCUUCCUCCAUCGCGCCGGCGUCCUCCCUGUCUGCAUCUGCCAUCACAGGCUGCUCAGCCGGGAUGAAGCCGGAGGUGGAGGUGGAGGCGGACGAGCGGGCGGCCGAGAUUGCCCGCAAGAAGGCGGCGGCGGCGGCGGCGGCCAAGAAGGCUGCGGAGGUGGUUGAUGUGGAGGAGGAGAAGGAGGGGGUUGAGGAGGAAGACGGGGAGGAGGCAGUCGAUGGGGAGGAAGACGGUGACGAGGAUGACGACGGAGAGGGCGAGGAGGAGGAUGACGAAGAGGAGGUAGAGGGAGAGGAGGAGGCGGCGGGGGUCGUGGAGAUCUCCGACGAGGAUGACGACGACGAAGACGGCGGGGAGGCGGAGGGUGGCGACGACGACGAUGACGACGACGACGACGACGACGAGGUCGAUGGUGAAGACGAGCAGGAGGAGGAACUGGGAACUGAGUAUCUGGUCCAGCCCCUUGGUCGAGCUGAAGACGAAGAGCACUCUAGUGACUUCGAGCCAGAAGAAAACGGUGAAGCUGCUGAUGAUGAGGAGAUUGAGGAAGAAGAUGAUGCUGAUGACGGCAAGGAUUCUGUGAAGGCACAGUCCUCUGUGAAGAGGAAGAGGUCAGGUGACGACGAAGAUGAUGGAGAUGAUGAUGGUGACGACGACGACGAUGAUGGGAGGCCACCAUCGAAGCGAUAGUCAGCCUGGCCCGUGCUGUGGAGUUGUGACCUUGCGCAGGGUGAUGAGAAAGAAGGAAAAUAACAAUCCCUGGCUGGUCGUUUGGUAAAUGGUUGUAGCAUUAGGUCUUAUACUUUGAGAGUCCAGUGUUCAUCGUGGUAGUUAGUGUAUACCGCUGAUGUUGGUUAACGGCCUCCAGAACUUCGUGUAUGAGGGCAAAACAUGAGGCUUGGUUUAUGCUUGUGUAGCUUCUAAUUCAAGUCUGGAUGCUUUGUUCUGAAUCUUGUCAUGAUAAAAAUUUCUCUCUUACUGGAAAUCUCUUGUUGCUUUCGGCUCA